AUGUCGGGUCUCGACAGCAGCCCAGGAGCCACGGGCGAAGAGUCCCUAUCACCACUGGAGCAAGAAGUACUCGACGAAUACGUACGCCUGGCAGGAAAUCUUGGAGACCUAACGAGAUUGACAGNNCUCUCUGCUCUACUCAAUGACUUGGCUUCCCGUCCCAGCGCAGAAAUCCUCGAUGCGUUGAGAGGCUUGGAGAGAAAGACAUCGACGGUGUUUACACUGCUCAAAGCUAGUGUUUACUCUAUCGUUUUGCAGCAGGAGAUUCGCGAUGAUGAGGCUGCCUGA